GUUAGGCAAUUACACCCCUUUUUAUCUCCAACAAUAAUUUUCCACUCCCUUCGUAUCAUUCUGGUUCACUUCAACACAUCAUCCCCAGUUCCCCACCAUAUUCUGACGCUGUAGAAUUUGUACCCAUGCAGCAAAGGGGCUCUGCCUCUGCUUUUCUGCUUGGUCUCUUUGUGCUCUCUCACUCACUAUGACUGAAUUUCUCGCCACAAACCCUCUUACCAUUUCAGCAGCAGAAUCUCCAAGAUUCCCCUUUCUCAAUUCAUACCCAACUCUUACAGCUAGAACCCAACUCAACCCAAAUUCCCAUGCCCCCUUUUCUCCCAAACUAUCCAAAACCAAAAACAGUAAAAUGAUCGUUUCCGCUGCACGCCCAUCGAGGGGUUAUAGCUUUUACAACGAACUUGAAUUUGAGGACAGAAAGGAGAAGACUUUUGGAUUGGAGAGAAACCCUGUUGGUGAAGAAGAUUCUCCCAGUGAAACUGGGUCAGUCCCAUUUGUUGGAGUGGAGAAUGAUGAUGACAAGGGAAGUGGGAAGAGGGAGAGGGGUUUGGAAGGGGAUGAUUUGGUUCGGGUUCAGGGGGAUGAAGAUGAGGUUGAUUUGAAAGAAGGUGAUGAACAAGUUGAGAGAUUUGGUGGAAAGCUCAAAGUCAGAAGAGGGAAACAGGUGAUAAGAAGGUCGAGUUUGUUGGCGAAACAGGUGAUCAGCAUUCGCUCUGCUCUUAGCUUGGGAUUCAUCUCGCAGCUUUGGGUGGACACUACCUCUUGGAUGGUGUUAUUUGCGGAGGUGAGGCCAAACUUACUUUCUGGGGAUUCAGAAAAGUUCCUUCUGGAGGAUAUUAGCCAGGUUGGAGAUGUUGUCCUUGUCCAGGAUGAAAGUGUGAUAGAUAACGAAUUUAAAAUGGUUGGAUUGGAGACACUGGUUGGAUACAAAGUUGUAACACCCUCUCGCCGGAAUAUUGGAAAGGUGCGCGGGUACACUUUCAGCAUCAAUUCAGGUGCUGUUGAAGAACUUGAACUGGAUUCAUUUGGACUAUCCAUCAUUCCAUCAAGUUUGGUGAGUACCUACUCUUUGCUGGUUGAGGACGUACUGGAAGUAGUAUCUGAUGCAGUUGUUGUGCACGAAGCUGCAGCUUUACGUAUACAAAGGCUUUCAAAGGGCUUUUUGGGGAACCAGAAUGUGGGAAUUUCAGUGGAUGAUAUUGAAGAUUAUGAAUCUGAACAAUCUGAGACGUAUGGUCAUAUUUCAAGAAGGAAAAGUUUGGGAAGAAGAAAACCCAAUCAAAGAGAUUGGGCUAAUGAAGAUAAUUGGGAGCUUCCGAUGGACUAUCUUUGACUUUCAUGGAUUUUCUACUAAAUUCCGUACACACACCUUCUAUUAAAAAAUUAUGAAAGUUUAAAUAAGCCUAUUAAAAACACCAAAAGGAUUUUCUUUUCUUUUUCCUUUUCGGUGGUAAGUAGGCUUUCAUUUGUACAGUUUCGUUGAAUUUCUCUAUAUUUUUUUGGACAUAUAUUUUAACAAUAUUUAGCUUGUAAUGCCUAUUCACUCUGAAUAAGUGUUCGGUAUGUAAUUAUAAACAAAUGUUCCAUAGUUUGACGGAGAUGAUAUUUUUUCUUUUGAUAAG